AUGAAUACUAUGCACAUUGAUCCUCCACAAUCUACGUCUGUUUCAAGACCAUCUUUAAUACCAUCAACACAGCUAUUAGAUACACAAACAUGUGGAGAUACUAAUAUACUACAAGCAUUGCUCAUACAAUCACUAGCUCCAAGACAAAAUUUACCUAAUCCACAUGGUAGGCAUAUUGGUCCUCCACAAUCCACGUCUGUUUCAAGACCAUUUUUAAUACCAUCAGCACAGCUAUUCGAACAUACUCCAUUAGAGCAGGUGCUUCCUGUAGCGCAUACAUUUCCACAACCACCACAGUUAUUGGGGUCGUUUAAGGUGUUUAUUUCACACCCGUUAGAGGGGUUGCUGUCACAGUUAGCAUAUCCUGGAUGA